AUUCGGUUUCGAUUGGAAUCGAUUGAGCUUUGAUUAGUUUGGAGUAGGGAAGUUUCCGGGAGCGCAAUGAGUUCGGUGUUGGUUCUGGUUCUGGUGCUGGGCCUAUCCUUCGAAUAUGGGUUGGGCUAUCAGGUGAAGCCGCAUGGUUACAACGAAACCAUUCUACAGAUGCAGGCGCAAUACGAACGCGUGGAGAAAGAAUUCCGGAGGGAAUUCCUCAUCUGGAAGCAAACGGGCGUAAAAACCGAUCGCUUCAACCAGAUGCUCGAUGCGUGGAAGUUCACCGAGCAGGAUCGCCGCGAGGAACUAGAAAACCUGCCAAUCCAGCGGGAAACCUUCUUCUGUACCCUGUGCCGAUCGGUCGUUUCUCAGUUGAUCGACAUGCGCCGGGAUGGAGCCACCCGGGAAGAUCUCUUUGGAACCGUGUACGAGUUGUGCACCACUCUGCAGGUUCAGGAGCAGGACGUAUGUUUCGGGGCCAUCGAUAUCAACAUCGACUUCUUCCUGUACAUUUUCGAUAACUCACCGGAGCUGCAGGCGGAUAGCGUCUGUGCGGUGGUGUUUCAGUCCAGUGCCUGCAUUCUGUCCGAUCAGAGCUUCGUAGAUUGGGAACUGCAAAUUGAUCCUCGGGAUGAGCCUAUUCAGGAAUCCAAAGACUUCGACCACGUCCGGGGACCGAACAGCAUCAAGAUCGUGCACAUCACCGAUUUGCACUACGAUCCGAAGUACGAAACGGGUUACAACGCCGUUUGCAACCGCCCUGCUUGCUGCCGUAACGAUCAGGGAAUACCGGAGGAUGAAAGCGAACGGGCUGGCCACUGGGGCGACUACAGGGAUUGUGACUCUCCGUGGAGGGUGGUUGAAGAUGUGAUCGAUCACGUGGCCGAACACCAUGGGGAUGCGGAUUAUGUUUAUCAUACCGGGGAUAUCAUUGAUCACGGCAUUUGGGAGACCUCAUUCGCUCAUAACAUAAGGACGAUGAAUCGAGUUUACAUGAAACUGCUGGAAGUAUUCCCGGAUACACCGGUGUUCAACAUUUUGGGUAAUCAUGAAGCUCACCCUACGAAUGUAUUUGCUCCAAGUGAAGUUCGGCAGCUGGAGUUCUCGAUGGAUUGGCUGUACCGGUAUUCUGCCGAUGUUUGGGCCAAUUGGCUUCCUCGUUCGACACAAACCACGAUUACGAUGGGAGGUUUCUACACGGUUUUGGUUAAACCAGGCUUCCGAAUCAUCGGCUUGAACAAUCAGGAUUGCUACACGUUCAACUGGUGGAUCUUGUGGAGGCCGGAGUAUCUGUCUCGUCAGAUGCAGUGGUUGCACGAUGUUCUGCUGCAGGCGGAAAGGAAUGGUGAGAAGGUUCACAUUUUGGCACACAUUCCGUACAGUUCUUCUGGGUCUAUGUUCCAAACAUGUCAGCGGGAGUUCCGAAGAAUCGUGGAACGGUUUUACGACACCAUCAGUGGACAGUUCAACGGUCACACGCAUCGUGAUGAGUUCAACGUAUUCUACUCGAGGGAGAACCCUGAUCUAGCUAUCAACGUUGCAUGGAACGGUGGAAGUACAACGACCUUCAGCUUCGUCAACCCUAACUACGUUGUGUACUACGUUGAUCCGGAAACAUAUCAAGUGACGGACUACGAUUCGUAUUACUACAACCUGACCGAGGCUAAUCUGUACCCGGAUCGUCCGCCCGUUUGGACCAAACUAUACUCGUUCGCGGAAGAAUUUGGAAUUCGCAAUCUUAGUCCAGCGUCCGUCGACCAGGUUGUCAGGCGGAUGGGAACCCCAGAGGGUCGGGAAGAUCUGCGACGGUACUGGCAGUUCAAGGUCAAAAUGGGCGACCCAUCGCUGGAGGAAGGCUGCGACGAUGACUGUUUGUUGAACCAUCUGUGCCAGGUUGUGGUCAACGAGUUGGGUGAUGAUUUCCAGUGCGAGCGGUUGCGUGAAACAUUUUGGGAGGAAUAAACGAGUGUA